AUUAAUGAAAUAUUUAUUAGUGCAUCCGGAUCUUUUAAAGAAACAGUUUUAGUCAUACAGUGAAAUAUGUAUUUUGAGUGCUCCAUUAUUUUACUUGGUGUUCUUAUAUUACUUAUAAACUAUUACAAGGACAUAAAGGAAUUAAUUCGUUAUAGAAGACUCAGUUUUAAAUUUCCCAUUGCUGACGGAAAUAUUUUCUUUCUUGGGAAUUUAUUAGAUCUUGCAUCUACUAAUGAGCACGUUUUUAAUGUGGUACGAAAAUGGAAUCAAUCCGAACAUCUAAAACCAGCAUAUCUGGCGACCGCUGGACCGGCUUACUUUGCUCUGAAUGUUGUUUGUCCAGACAUAGUUGAGGCUAUUAUUUCAUCUACAAAACACCUCCAAAAAUCUGCUAUCUACUCAUGGCUUGAAAGGUGGCUUGGUCUGGGUUUGCUAACCAACACAGGAGAUUCGUGGCAAGCCAGAAGAAAAAUUCUUACACCAGCUUUUCAUUUUUCCAUUCUACAAGGAUUUAUAAGUUUAUUCAACGAUGAAACUAGAAAAAUGGUAAAAUUAGUAAAAGAUUGCCACCUGAAUACACCAGUCAAUGUUGCCCCUAUUGCGUCAGAUGCAGCGCUAUAUGGAAUAAAUGGUACGUCCAUGGGUAUCAGAUUGGAUAAAGUUGAAGGUGGAGCGGAAUAUCAAAAGAAUAUUCACAAAUUAUCCAAUAGUAUAUCUCUACGAAGCGUUAGACCAUGGUAUUUCAAUGAUAUAUUUUAUUUUUUUAUCACUACUGCUGGACGAUACGAAUACAAACUGACCAAUGCCGUGCACCGAUUUGUUGAUGACAUUAUUAAGAAAAAGGCUACAACCUUUGAAACGUUUAAUAUUUCAAGUGACAAAAAUUACGAUCAACUAGAAUAUCAAAAAAAGAAGUUGGCCUUAUUGGAUUUGCUCCUUAACGACAAAAUUAAAAAUAAUUCUAUAGAUGAUCAGGGAAUUAGAGACGAGGUGAACACAUUUAUGUUUGAGGGUCACGAUACUACAGCAGCAAAUUUGACAUUUACACUAAUGCUAUUAGCUUGUCAUAGAAAAAUACAGGAUGAAGUAUAUGAGGAAAUCAUACAUAUUUUAGGCACAAACUUGGAAAAGGAACCAACGUAUAAUGACUUACAAGAAAUGAGUUUAAUGGAAAGAUGUAUCAAAGAAAGUUUAAGACUUUACCCCAGCGUGCCUUUUAUAGGACGAAUAACCAGUGAAGAUAUAGUAACAAAGGCUGGAAUUAUACCGAAAGGUCUAUCGACUCAUAUUCAUAUUUACGACAUCCACAGGGACCCCAAAUACUGGCCAAAUCCAGAAAAGUUUGAACCGUCUCGAUUUUUGCCGGAAAAUUGUAGAGACAGGCAUCCUUACUCUUAUAUACCUUUCAGUGGGGGACCAAGAAAUUGCAUAGGACAAAGAUUUGCGAUUCUCGAAGUUAAGACUGUUUUAUGCGGAAUUCUUCGGAAUUUUAUAUUGGAACCAGUAGAUACACCUGAAACGCUAGUAUUGAUACAGGAGUUAAUACUACGGUCAAGAGAUGGAGUGAAAAUAAAAUUUGUUCCAAGAGAGAAAUAACAUUCAUUUGCUUAUUUUAAAAUAUCACUGUAAGAAAGAAUAUAUUUGUUUUAUUUUUGAUUGUUAAUAAAUAGUCUAUUUGCUACUUAA